UCCGAAGAUAGUUGGCACACUGCCUCGUCGCCAAACUUAGGACUCCCAGACCUUCCGGAAUUGCCAGAGCCUGGCAUGGCGCGGAAGACGCCCUCGAAAGCCUCUGCAGGUCCCAAGGCACAGUCCAAGUUACCGCAAGCGGCCGCGACACCCACACCUCAUAAGAGCAAAUCAACCAAGUCGCUCAUUGAUGACGCCAAGAGCCAAACGCCCAAAGAUCGCACUCCGAUCAAACCGGCAGGGCAGGAGAUGCAUCCAGCGCAUCACCAUGCGAGCACAGCCAAGAUCCUGGAUGAGGCGCGCUGGCUCGGUUUCCAGUCACUGGGUGCGCAUACCGCGCCAUCCAAAGCGACCGGCCUGGCGGGUCAGGCAACGCCCUCGAAGACUCCUGUACCUACCUCUUCGAUGGCCAAUGUUGGGUCAUCGCCUGACUUCCGCUUCCGCUUCAAGUCGCCUUUUUCGAAACAAGAUGACGCCGCGCUGAGCCCAAGCUCGCGCAACAUCCUGAAAGACGCUGGGAUCGCAGGCACGCCUGCCAAGGGCAAGAUGGCUCGCUUCAGCGACGUACAUAUGAAGCAGUUCAAGAACAUGGACUCCAUUGCGAACCACCCGUCAGCUUUCCGCGCCGACCCGACACGAUUCAAGCCCGUCGUAGGCCAUUCGCUCAAGAAAUCGCCCUCGAAGCCAGAGCUCGCGAACCCGGAGACGAACAAACUCAAACGCACACAUGCCGCUGGGGGUCUAAAGCGCACACAGUCGAAGAUGGACCUCGCUGGGUCUGGAAGCAAGAUUCCCCCAACCCCGUUGAAGCGCACUCAAUCCAAGAUGGACCUCACCGGAUCUGCUCUGCCACGCUCCCAGUCAACAGCUCGCAUGGCUCCUCCUACACGCGAUGGACGACCGGCCUCCCGCGACGGCGAUGGCGACCGUAACCCGGUAGCUAAGCGCGUCAAGCGCACUGAAUCUGACGAUGCUGCCUCCACCCGCCCUGCGUCUCGCGAAAAGAUGCCCGAUGUCCCAGCCCGCGCAUCUGCUACUCCGGCCCGUAAGAAGACAUCUCAAACUGCACUCCCUCGUCUCGCUGCGCGAUUGAUGACGCCCACGAAGUCGUCUAUCGCGCGUUCACAGAGCGUCAAGACUCUGAAGACGACAUCGAUGAUUCCAACCCUAGGAAAGUCGCCUUCCACGAACAACCUGGGAGCUUCACCAUCUCGUGUCCGGUCAAUCCUUCGUACGCCAAACCGCAAAUUCUCGGACGAUCCUGGCAAAAUCGCGGCAGGUACUCACAUGUCCCCUCCGACCACGAGCCUGGAUAAAGAACCAUCCCUGGUCCCUGCUACAGCUCCUGUGAAGAAGCAAGUCAACUUCAGCAGUAGUACUUUGGAGCGUGCAUCGCACGACGAGCUGGGCAAAUCACCGUCACCGAUGAAGUUCAGGGCAGGCAGCGAGGUACCUGCUGGUGCUGUGAUCUAUCCUAGUCUCGGCUCAGGUGCACACAUUGGCCCAGACCUUUCUCAAGAGAUUGAAACUUUGACUGCGUCUCCGUCUCGUCGCCUCACAUUCGGUGGCGAGACUCCUAAUCACUCACGUUCCUUUUCCUUCGAGUCCGGCAAAACUGUCAACUUUGGCCCUGCAUCGACUGGCACGAUCCGCAUGGUACGUCCGAGCGAUGCGUCUUCUCUUGUCGACGGUACCAAGCGCAAGUUGGAGACCCUCCAGGAGACGUCCGAUAAAGAGAACGAUGGACCCAACAACGACGACACGCGCUCCAACAAGAAGAUGAAGCGGACACCUGCGCUCGCUCCAAAGGCCCCUGCCAGCGCAAGCAAGCCAGCUCGCCACACUCCAGGACGCGCGGGUGCUAUCAGCAAGUCAAGGCUCGCCUUCCUUGCUACGCCCAAACGAAGCAGGGCGUAA